GACUGUUUCCUACGCAGUUGAUAGAGAUGGUGUUAUGGUGGACGUUUCCACGUAGCAGUGGAGUGUAGUGAAGAGUACAGCGCUGAGGGGAGGCGGGUCUGUGUGCUGCGGACUGGAACACGGAGAGAAAACUCACUGAAGUGCUGCUCACGGCGAGUUCAUGCUCAUAGAGCAGCUCGGACUUCAGUUAAACGGACUUCUUUGCUAGCUUGUCUAGCUAACAAGCUAAUGCUGUUGCUUACCCAGAGUGGUUAGUGAGAUAACUUGCACUCGGCCUAACUGUCAGCGAGCUUUAUUCCGGUCUCGGACAUGGAGUUUCACACCACCGGCCCCGGUGCAGUGCUGCUGCCCGGGAACAACGUCCCGGCUUUCCUCACUAAACUGUGGACGCUGGUCGAUGAUCCAGAGACCGAUCCCUUAAUCUGCUGGAGCCCAAACGGCAACAGCUUCCAUGUGUUUGACCAGGGCAGGUUCUCCAAAGAAGUGCUUCCUAAAUACUUCAAGCACAACAACAUGGCCAGCUUUGUUCGACAGCUCAAUAUGUAUGGUUUCCGGAAAGUGGUCCACAUUGAGCAGGGAGGUUUGGUGAAGCCCGAGAAAGACGAUACCGAGUUCCAGCAUCCCUACUUUCUCCGUGGACAGGAGCACUUGCUGGAGAACAUUAAGAGGAAGGUGACCACGGUGUCCAAUAUUAAGCACGAGGACCUGAAGCUGAGUCCAGAGGACGUGAGCAAAGUUAUCUCAGACGUGCAGCACAUGAAGGGAAAGCAGGAGUUGAUGGACACCAAAAUCAGCACCCUGAAACAUGAGAACGAAGCUUUGUGGAGAGAGGUGGCCAUGCUGAGGCAGAAACAUGCCCAGCAGCAGAAAGUUGUAAAUAAGCUCAUCCAGUUCCUCGUCACAUUGGCACGGUCCAACAGAGUUCUCGGAGUGAAGAGAAAGAUGCCUCUGAUGUUGAAUGACAGCAGCACAGCACACUCCAUUCCUAAAUACAGCAGGCAGUACUCUCUGGAGCCUUCACCCAAUCUUGCUUCCCCUGGAACAACUUUCUCAGGAUCAGGCAUCUUCUCCACUAAUGCACCGGUCAAGUCUGGCCCGAUCAUUUCCGACAUCACAGAUCUGGCCCAGUCUAGCCCCGCUAGUGCAGAGGAGUGGAUGGAGGAUAGGACCAGCCCGUUGGUGCAUGUAAAGGAAGAGCCGUUAAGCCCCACCUACAGUUCUGAGGUAGAAGAAGUGUGUCCUGUGGAGGUGGAGGUCGGUGCAGGGUCCACUUUACCUGCAGACACACCCCUUUCCCCCACCACCUUUAUUAACUCCAUUCUGCAGGAGAGUGAACCAUCACCUGCCCCACCUCCACCCGAGAAAUGCUUAAGCGUGGCACGUUUGGACAAUUCCUCCCAGACGUCUGAGGUGCCCCACCCUUUUCCCAGCCUCUCCUCUUCGUCUUCUCACCUCAGAUCACAUCCAGGGAGUGAGCUGAACGAGCACCUGGACAGCAUCGACAGCGGCUUGGAAAACCUGCAGGCGAUCUUCAACGUGCAGUCCAUCAACUUUGAUUCCUCGCCACUCUUUGAUAUCUUCAGUUCAAACACCGGCGCUGACUUCGACUUGGACAGUUUGGCAACUAUUCAGGAGUUGCUGUCAGAACCUGUGAGAGACACCGAGUGUAGUGACAACAUUAAACCAGGAAAGCAGUUGGUUCAGUACACAGCUCAGCCAGUGGUGGUGACCGACCCCAUGAGCACCGAGAACACGGGCGAGGAUCUGCCCAGUCUGCUCGAGCUGGACGGAGACUCUUAUUUUAGCCCAGACCCUGCUGAUGAUCCUACCAUCUCGCUCCUGACCACUGACUUCCAAACUACAAUGCCUGGAGAUCCCAAGCUAUAGUAGAAAAAAAAAAAAAACCCAGCUUAUUAAAAGGAAUUUGUGUGUGUGUGUUUGGGGGUUUUUAAUUUUUAAUUUUUUUUUUUUCUGUCGUCUUUAUCAAUGUUAAAAUUCCCAUUUUUUCUUUCCUGGCCUGUCUGCUAAUUUAAAAUCAUAACAGCACAGAUUCAGCAUGUCUGUAUUGGUCAUAAAAUCAGUGCGCCGCACUCUCGUUUCAUUAUGUACCUCCGCAGCAGGCGAGGCGUUCCAGCCCUAAUCUGGAAUCCCCCAGAGAAGCUCAGCUCUGUCAUGACAGGGGCCGAGCAUACUAACCGAGGAGAUGCGUUUAUACCGACUGACUCGUUCAUCUCUAGCAAUCAGUUCAGGUCCGUAGAAUAUGAAUGAAUUGUGUACUAGGAAUGUAUUGAUAACACACAGAACUAUAUUGUAGUUAUAUGUAAAGAAAAAGCAUCUUCUACGUACACGAGUGCUUUGCUUGGUCAGAUCUCUCCACACAUUCGCCAGCAGCAGUGGGUCCUGAGUGGGGCUUUAACUAAACUGUAUAACAGAACAUAUAUUCUACAGAUAAUCUCAGAUCAAGUAGUGUGUGUGUGUGUGUGUGUGUCUUCAUUGAGCAUGCAGAGUGUGUUUAUUUUUUAUUGGAUUGGGUUGAGACUGUUUAUCCCUCAGAGCACGAAUGAAACGAGUGUAAAUAAGGGCGGAGGUGACGGAGAAGAAAGCGAGCUCAAAUUUCUCACCAUUGGAAAGUCUACUGGUUUUAUAGCUGAAAUUGCAGCUUUGUUCGUGGGUCACGACAUCAGGCUCAAGUGUCUACUUUGUUUAUUUUCAGUUUAUAAAGAUGUGCGAUGUUGUAGCACAUAGGCUUUUCUGGCUCUUUGUUCUGUUUUUUUAGACACUGAUGUACAAGUUCAGUCUAACCAGAGGAUUAAAGCAGCAAUGUCACUGUGUGAUUUAUA